AUGCCGGAAUACGAGGCUGCUAGAGCUCCGCCGGCGACUUCCGGCGGCACCCCAACGCCGUUUCUCACCUCUGUUCGGAUAGACUCGCCGCCGUGUGAUCGGAAUCCAGUACCUCGUUGCAAGUGCUCCGCUUUGGACGCUGCACCGUCGACGGAAAUUCCGCUUGCUCGCAAGGUGGGGGCGGAGUUUGUGGGGACAUUUAUCCUUAUAUUCACCUCAACGGCUGCACCCAUUGUGAACCAAAAGUACAAUGGCGCGGAGACCUUGAUCGGAAACGCUGCUUGCGCCGGCCUGGCCGUGAUGAGUAUUAUUCUGUCCACCGGCCACAUCUCCGGCGCUCAUCUCAAUCCUUCUCUCACCAUUGCCUUUGCAGCCUUCCGCCAUUUUCCUUGGUCCCAAGUCCCGGCUUAUAUAGUGGCACAAGUCUCGGCUUCCAUAUCUGCUUCUUUAGCUAUCAAGGCCAUUUUCCACCCUUUCAUGUCCGGCGGCGUCACCGUCCCUUCAGUCGCCGCCGGCCAAGCUUUCGCGCUCGAGUUCCUCAUCACCUUUAAUCUACUCUUUGUUGUCACUGCGGUUGCUACAGAUAGCCGUGCGGUGGGAGAAUUGGCUGGUGUAGCAGUUGGAGCAACAGUCAUGCUAAACAUUCUUAUUGCCGGGCCGUCUAGUGGUGGUUCUAUGAAUCCAGUGCGCAGCAUAGGGCCGGCUGUGGCGGCCGGAAACUAUAAAUCAAUAUGGAUAUAUUUGAUUGCUCCAACUCUUGGUGCCCUUGCCGGAGCAUCAAUCUAUACACUACUAAAGUCUAAAGGUUCGAGGACUUGAAAUU